UUAGAGUUACACAGUGCGCAGCUUUGCGCAACCUGCAUGCAGCAAACGACAUGUUGAGCAUCGCGACGGCGCAGCACCCGGGGGCGGGGGUGGCAGCGGCAUCUGCCGCUGUGGUCCCGACAGAAGUUGGUGUGAGCGGCGGCGGGAUGAGCAGCGUGUUCCGCUCUCGGGACCGGCAGAAGACGCCGCGACGGCAGCCGAUCUGGCUCAAGCGGGACAAGUUCAUGCGGCAUGGCGAGCUGCUGCUGUCCGCGGCACUAUCGGCCGUGAUAAGCCCUGCGCCGGCAUCGGAGCCACCGGGCCCGGCUGAGGCUGCAGGCGCCGCGUCGUCUGGCGGCCCUGGCGGCAGGGGCGAGGACGACACCGCCGGAGUGGCUCAGGCGCUGGAGCGGUGCCUGGCUGUUGUGCGGUUCGCGGUGGGGAUGCUGGCGGACAUGCUGCGGCCUGGAGGGCCUGACUCAGACGACCUGCCCGUCACCGCGCUGGGCCAACACCACGUCACCGUGCGGCAGCUGCUGGCGGCGGCCCGCACGCAGCAGCAACACCCAAUGGCCACCAGCGGCACCGGCCGGACAUUGCCGGUGCCCGCGCCACGCGUACACGUGCAGGAGCUGCUCAGCUUUGAUCCCGCAGAGGGACCAAAGUCCCUGGCUGUCAUCGAGCCGGCGGCUGUGGCAGGCGCUGGGGACGGGACCAGCGGCCUGCUGCUGCUGGAGAGGCUGGCGGCGGUGGCGCGCGUGCGGAUCGACCCACGUGUCAGCGCCAAGGCCAAGCGCUUGGGCCGAGAGGUGUCGCUCAAGGUAAAGCUCGAUGGCGGCGGUGAGGUCGUGCUGCUGCGGCCCUUGCCGCCCUUUCAGCACGGUGGCACGGCGUCGUCACCACCUGACGCGGCGCGGGCGGGGCCCGGAGGUGCCGCGCCGGUGUCGCCAGGCAGUGGCGCCGGUGGCGCUGGUCACUCAGGCGUAUCGGUGGUCAUGCCGCCGCCAGCCGGCCUGGCGCGUCCCUCACCCCUGGUAGACCUGCUGCCGCCCACGACACUCAUUGCGGCGUCCAUCUCUUCCGGCGCACCGGCAGAAGCAGCGCCGGCGCAGCCCGCCGAACACGCCCCUGGCGAUGGCGGCGCUGUGGCGGAGCGUCAACCGCAGCAACCACCACCAAACCAACAGCUGCCACCCCCGCCGCCGCCAGCACCCCAACCAGCCCUGCAGCAGGCACCUGCUGCAGAGCAGCAUCGGCACCCAGAGCCCCAGCAGGCUCAGGAGCGCUACCUCAUCUCGUCGCUGCCCAGCCUCGUGCUGCGCGGCCGCCUGCCUCACGCCGCCGAGCCAGAGUUCAAAGGUGACUUGGUGGUUCACAGCCCAGACACAGGAAUGAUGGUCAGCAUCACGUUUGGCGAGGGCGGCGCCGCCAAGGGCGUGGUAGAGAUGCAGCCACCGCAGCCGCAGCUGCCAGCCGGCAGCAGCAGCAGCGCUAGCUUCAGCGCCGGCAGUAGCCCCGCGCGCCAGGCGGCGGGCGGCACGCCGGUAGGGCGGCGGCAGCAGCAGUCGCGCUUCGCAGGCGUACUCGGCAGGGUGUCGGGCUCGCUGCAUGACAGCAUCCAGGUCACGUGUCCAGCGCUGGCUUUGGAGGGCGACAUUCACAGCGAGCAGCCGCCCGCGCCCGGCCUGCCGCCGCUGGCGCCCGCACUCGACCUGGCGGCACCCGGCCCGCAACAGCUGCCGCGGCUGUGGUCAGCGCUGCACGAUGCGUUUCUGUAUGCGGACCCGGCUCAGGCCUCGGGCGGCAAGGCGGCCGAGCAGCUGACACACCAACUGGCAGGCAUGCUACACAGCCUGUUCCCGGGCAGCAGGAGCAGCAGCCGGAGUGGUGGAGCGGGCGGCAGUAGCAGUGCGGCUGCGGGGCCUGUAGCCAUGGCGCGCAGCGCGCAAGGGACCCGGGCAGGCCGCAGCGUUGCCGGCGCGGCCGGGAAGGAAUCGAUCGUAGGUGCCAGCAGCAGCGCCGCCGCAGCUUCCACAGCGGCCGCAGCGAACCCAGACGACUCCGACGCUGACUCAGACUUUGAGGCUGCGGCAGCGCGUGAUGCUGGCGACACGGCGGAAGACCCUCGCGAUGUGCCCCCUAACUACAAGGCCAAGCAUGCUGCUGGUCAGCGGCUGGGGUGGCAGCUGCAGUACACGCUGGUACUGCCCGACGCCUCCGCGGCUCCCGCCGCCGCCAACAGCGCCACUGGUGCAGCGGGUGGCACUGUGAGCAGGCUCCCUCACCCGAUGCAUCUGGUACCGUCAAGUCUGGCGGCGGCGGCGGGCGCGGCGGCACAAGGGGGGCAGGCACGUUUGCGCUAGAGGGCCCAACGCUGUGCCUGGCUUCAGCGCACCCAUGCAGAUAGAAGUGGCUUUCAAUUCAGACGUGGAUGGUGACCCGUGGUGACGGCCCUAGUUCAAGCGCACGCAGCGCUGUGCAGCUCGGAGGUCACUGGAUAGCCUGGAUUGGGGCCGCCCCUGUUGAGUGGAGGACAUGAGGUGGAGAGGGAGCGGUUUCACGAUUGCACAUAAUGUCAUCCAGCCUAUAGCUAGGUCCGAGCUGCCAGACCUACGGGGAACGUUCAGAGCCACCCCGGCGUCUCAAGCCGUCCCAGUUAUCGCCUGUCUCAGGAAAAUAGGCGUGGAUCAUAUACCUUGUUGCUCCGUGUGGGAACGCGGCGAUGGCGAGAGUCACGGCGGAUGCCCCUGGUCGACCGGACAGUGACCAUGCACUGGCAAGGGCGGGCUGUACCCUUGCAGGCCCUAUGCGGCGGAAGAGGCGCCCGGCUAACCGGAA